GAAAAUUUUUUUUAAUAAAUUUGUUUAAGGCAAAAUUUUCUCUUCAUUGGUUGGCUGGGGGCUGGGCUAUCUGCUUGGAUGAAACGUAGCGUUUUGGUCAGGAGUUGAGUAAACAUGGCUUUGGACCAAAAAUCAGCCGAAAUUAAGAACCGCACCUGCAACGCAAUCGUAAAGUCUGCAAGCAGCGGUGUGAAGGGGAGAGAAGCAGAGGAAGAAAAGCAAAGUAGGAUGUUGGAAAACCCUACACCAACCGCACCAGAUUCCGCCUCUGCAAACAAGCGCCACGCUCCUCCCAAUCAACGAAAUCGUUCUCUUGGCCGCCGUAAAUCUGGAGAUUGGUUUGAUUGGACUAACAAUUUUUAUGGGAAUGAUUCAGAGAAGAAUCAAGUUGCUACAUCGAGAAGUAAUCCAGUGGAUGCUGGGAACAGUGCCAUCGUUCUCAAGGAUGACCACCCUCGUCCUGCUUUAAUUCCUUUAGAAGGCUGUUCAAGAAGUGAUGCUUAUCAGCUUUUAAGUAAUCGUUGGGCAGCUGCCCUACACCUUUACCAUGAUACAUCAAUUGACUUGUCUGAAAGACCCGUUCUGUACUCUGGAAGUAGUGAUUCAGCCUGGAGGAAUUUCAGACUCCCCCAUCAGAUGAUGUCCCCAACAAACAGUACCGGAUCUUUGUCUGGCUCACAGAUGGAUUUAUUGGGUGAACUUCGUUGUGGAAUUCGCAAUGCCAAUGCCAAUUCUGACUACUAACAACCAAGUAUAUCUGAUGUUUGUGGAUGUGGACUUAUGAAGUAUUUAAAUAGCUCUACGCACAAAGUACCUGUUCUAUGUGUUCAUUAAUUACUCACUACUUGCUUGGGCCAUCAUGUUAUUUACUGUAAAGCAUGGUCCAGGCAUUUGCGAACAGCCAGGUCCUUGGACAUGUAAAUUAGAUGAAUAUUUUAUGAGCUUUGCUAGCCAUACAAUGCUCUAUUGUUCUUACUUUGAAAGCCUAAAGAUAUUGUUUUUCUUCUUUUCCUUUUAUGAGAAAGGAGAAGGGGAGGGGGAGGAUGUUGCCAGCUUUUCCGUGAUUGGACUUGUAUGGUUUUUGAUGAAUGCAAAUCUCUCUAUUAGUAAAUGCGAGCUGUUUUGCUUGUAAAA